GGAGUGCUGCUGCUGUGUUUAGAGUGCAGGCCUAGAAAAAACCUCCAAAAAAUACAGAAAAACAACCCGAAACUUCUUAUUACUGCGCGUUUGUGGCGGAUUAAGGCAGGAAGGACUGAAAGACGAUGUUAGGUGCGGCUUUAGUGCACAUUUGGUGAUGUUUUGAGGAGCACAAAAUGGACUUCAGCGGCGGUGCUGUAAAGUUUUGGGGCUAUUGAACAUGCACAAGGACUACCUACCAUCUGAAAAGAAGUUAUAUAUUAGAGUUGGGUCUCUGAUGUGCAGGAUAUGAGACAAUGUUUCAUGGGAAGGACCAGCUCAACAGCCACCUGCAGACCCAUGACUCCAACAAGCAGGAGUUGCAGUGUGAAGAGUGUGGCAAACACUACAACACUCGCCUGGGUCUGAGACGGCAUGUGGCCACCCACGCCACCGCAGUCACUGGAGAUCUCACCUGUAAAGUGUGCCGUCAAGUUUUUGAGAGUAUGCCAACUCUGCUUGAGCACUUGAGCACGCACACUGGACGGCCUCCUCCAGGGGGUGUUGUGCGGGAGAGAAAGCACCAGUGUGAGCGGUGUGGCCGACGCUUCUUCACUCGGAAGGAUGUGAGGCGUCAUGCGGUGGUGCACACGGGCAGAAGAGACUUCCUUUGUCCUCGCUGCGCCCAGCGUUUCGGCCGACGCGACCAUCUCACCCGCCACCUGAAGAAAAGCCAUGCCCAGGAGCUUGACACCCUCACAUCUAUGCCUCCUAGCGGUGUGAAAGAAGAGCCAAACCCCAUCAUGUGCUCUUCUGGAUCCCCUAAGGAUGCCUCUGAAGCUUUUUCCAUGGGCAUGUUCAACCCCCAAGGCCUGCAGGGUGCCUCUACCUCAGGGGUCAGUCACCAUCAUUCUUUAGUGCCUGGCCCCCUGACUAGGCCAAUGGGUGUGGGCUGUUACCUUGAGCCAAGCAAGCACCAGCCACAGCAGUACCAAGAAGCUCACAGAUACCAGCCCGGCUCCGCUACCUCAUAUUUGAAGGCUGAGAUGGAGAACUUCCUGACAGAGCUCCAGUGUGGGCCCAUGCCACCACAAGCUUCAGUUGCAACUUCCGCUUCCAGACCUGGUGAUCUUCUCCCAGACGGUCUAGGUAGUCAGACCGCCCACUUCACCCUCAGGAACUCCGCCUUCGCCACAGCCGAGCCUUCGCCCACCGCUGCUAACAUGGACCUCUCUCAUCUCCUAGGCUUCCUGCCCUUUGGCCUGCCACCUUACAGCACCCCGUUGAGCUCUGGAGGCCUUGUGAUGGGAUACUCUACCACCACUACAGCCAGCUCCCCGACCUCUACCUCUCAGCUCUCUGGGCCACUUACCUCAUUUCAGCCGCAGCCACUGCAUGAGCCUCAGGCCUCAGGGCAUUUAAACCAGCUGUCUGGUUUCUCUCCAACUCUACCUCGAUUCCAUCAGGCCUUCCAACAGUGAUGUGAAAGUGGAUCCAUCAUCUGCCUAAACUUAUUUCGAAGCUCAUUUAUAUCAUUGCCAAAUGGCUCGUACACAAAGCAAUGUGCUCGUUGGAAUUGCUUGAUUUGGCCCAUACGUUGCAGAGACUGGUUGUAUGAAUUCUGUAGAAUGAGAAUACAGUCGUGUCCAAAAAUUUGGGCACCUCUGGUUAAAUUAUAUGUUUUGUUGAUUUUCUACAUGAAAAUAGGUUCUACAGAGAACACACGUCUUCACACUAUAAUGCACAAUCACUGUUUAUUUGCUGAAAUUAACAUACUGGGGGGAAAAUAUGGGCUGUUCAAAAGUUUUGGCAUAUUUUUUGUGCUUUGUUUUAUCUUUUUCCAAUAUGUUAAAGUCAGCAAAUGAAGAAAAUUGUGUGCUAAAAUUUGCAGAAAAAUGCAGUAUUUAAGUGUUCACUUAUUUGAUUUGGAAAAUCGACAAAUUGUGCAAUUUGACUGGGGGUCUUCAAACUUUGGCAUACCUCUGCAAGACGAUUUGUGAGAAAUUUGCUCUAGCUUGGAUAGAGAUUUGUUUUUAGAAUAGUUUUGAAUAUUAGAUUAGAUGAUCUGUUCCUUAGUAGGUCUUCCCUAUAUUUGAUUGUAGUGAUUUAUGAUUUUAUUUAGAUCCAUUUACAGAGAAUUCAACAUUGAACAAAUCUGAAGAAAUACCUCAUAAUAUUCUUUUUGGAAAAAGGAAAAAUAUUAUCACAGUGUUCUCAAUUGUAGAAAGAAGCACUUUUUUCCAGUCAGAAGCACUUCAUUGACUAAAAGUCAGUUUGAACUGUG